CAAGAUUGGAUUCAAAGUCAUUGUCAACCCUCGAAGAUUCUCAAUGAUUUGUGUUCAUCUGGCCUGCCAUGGACCAACCGGCGUGACAGUUCCGUGCUGGCUUCGCAGCCACAUACCGCGACUGUGAUAGAAACAAUUGAAGUUUCUCUACCCGACCGUUUCAUUACCGAGGCAUGCGUGGCUCUGUACAAAUGUGGCAGAACCGGCCUUCUCUACCCCCUUGUCGAUGCUGAUGCUCUGACCAGCACAAUAAAGACCGCAUACUCUUCCACCGACACGCAGAAACCGCACGUUAUAACAGCGCGAGCCUUUGUCUUUUCAUUUGUCGCAUUUUGCUCAUCGGCAGGCCACAGCGACGAGGUGACAUUCCCAGUUGACGGCGAAAAGUAUGCCUCAACGGCGAGGCAACUACUCCAUGCAGUCAAGAGCGGACCGCCAUCCUUAGAAGCCUUGCAGACGGCGGUAUUUUUGGCUUUUUACCACUGCUUCGAAGGCUGUCUCUGGGCUGUAAGAGGAGCUUUGCGUGUUGCAUCUCAUUUAGUCACAGUACUUGCUCCAGACAUGGGAUUCUUUCAGGCGCCCUCUUCUGACCGAAAUCCCAUUUUUCGCAAUCUCUUCUGGGUUAGCUUCUUGCUCGACAAAGAGCUUUUUCUUCGAAUAGGAGAGCCACCUCUCCUUCCUGCCGAAUCAUGUGUCCCACCCAACCCAGGGGGAUGUCCCUUUCGCUCUCUUGCACGGUUAUUGCCAUGCUAUCCUGGCAUCUAUACCGGCACCUUUCAACUGUCGAUUUUGAUGUCAAAAAUAUAUACAGAGCUCUAUACACCGGAGGCGUUGAGGAAGAGUGAUAUCGAGAUUUUAAGAACAAUCCGCGCACUCGACGGUGAGCUGGAAGAAUGGCGAUUGAGCAUGCCAAACGACAUUCGACCGACAAUCCAUGCUACGAGCCGACCCACGCACUCGCAAACAGAUGUCGACGUACUUGUUCUACAUCUAAAGUUCCACAACUGCUUAGGGUGCAUCCACCAGGCAGUGAGUCGUUGUCAGACAUGGUCAGAAGAGGUCGGACCGGUGAAGGAAGCUCUCCGAUCGAGCCUCAACUUGUCUAUCCAGGCGAGCGCAUCCUCAUUGGAACUUCUGCGCACCAAUCCGCUAACACUCAACCGGGAAUGUUUCUGGUGGGUUUUCUCAUUAGUUCCGACAUUGUUGGUAUACUCAUCAUGUCCUAGGUUACUUUGUUUCUAUCCCCUCUCCGCUCUGCUGAACCUAUUUUGCAAAAUCGUCGCGGAUACUUUUGACUACGAAAGCCGCGCUUAUCUUGGUAUCAUCAAACGUGUUCCCGAAUAUUUACGAGGGCUGGAUACUCUCCAUGUCACGGCUCUUGAACGGGAACAUCUGCAGCUGAUGAUCCUGUUCAGCACAGAGCUGGUUGCUCUCGCAGAGCAACAGGUAUCUGCGGGGCAAGAGAAAGACCGCUAA